AUGGUUCCAGUGAAGAACAACCUCGCUCUGAUACCACUUUUUUUCUUGAUUUCUUCAUUUGCUGUGCGACAACGAAGUUCAUUGCCUUGCAGCCUUUAUCGGACCUUCACUGAUUCACCUGAGCUCCCUGAUUGGUUUAGGCAUCCCCAUGACCAUCAUAAUUAUGUGGACGCCGAUGACUUUGUGCUCCAAACUAAGUUGGAACUUUUGAAAGCUAGUGAUUCCAAAAGGAAAACCACCGACUCUAGGUUUGAUUAUGGAAAGGAGCCUUGCAAUAUAGACAAUAAUGAUGUUGAUAAGAUAUGUAAAGUUUUAAGGUUGAACUUCACGUCCUUUGAAGAUCUCUUCCAAGCUUUUGUCGGUUGCAAUGUAGACAUUUCUGAGGUUUUGAUCAAUACGGUGUUGAAGAGAUUUAGUAAUGACUGGUUUCCAGCCUUUGGCUUCUUUAGGUGGGCUGGUGCUCUAGCAAGUUUCAAACACUCUCCUAUUUCUUAUGAUAUGUUGGUUGACAUUUUAGGGAAAUCGAAACAAUUUGAUGUGAUGUGGAGUUUGAUCAAUAAGAUGGUUUGUCUUGGAGGCUUAGUGUCACUAACUACCAUGACCAAGGUGAUGAGAAGGCUUGUUGGAGCCGGUAGGUGGGGUGAUUCCAUAAAGACUUUCAAAAGCAUUGAGAGCUUUGGUGUUAGGAAAGAUACCAUUGCUAUUAAUGCACUAUUAGAUACCUUGUGUAAGGAGAAGCGUGUUAAGCAUGAAAGAGAUGCAUUUUUGGAAUUGAGGGAUGAAGUACAACCUAAUGCUAGUAGUUUUAAUAUUUUGAUUCAUGGAUGGAGCAAAGCACAGAAAAUAGAAGAGGCUAUAAGAAUGAUUGAGGAAAUGAGAGAAUUUAGUUAUACCCCUUGUGUGAUUACAUUCACUUCUUUGAUUGAAGGCUAUUGCUUGGAAAAGAACUUUAGAAUGGUCAGUGCAAUUCUUAAUGAGAUGUGUGGGCAUGGGUGUCAACCCAAUGUUGUCACAUAUACUUUAAUAAUGCAUUCUUUGGCUAAGGCCAAAGAAAUUCAAGAAGCCUUGUUGGUAUUUGAGAUGAUGAAGGAUGAUGGUUGUGCUCCAGAUACCUCAUUCUAUAAUUCUUUGAUUUUUUUGAUGGGGAAGUCAGGGAAAUUGCGAGAUGCACAUCACAUAUUUGAGCAAAUGUGCAAAAACGACAUCUUACCAGAUGUGACCACAUUCAAUACCUUAAUUUCAGCUUCCUGUGAUUACUCUGAGGCAGAGAAUGCUCUAAAGCUAGUCUUCUCAAUGCAAGAAUUUGAUUGCAAGCCUGAAAUCAAAACUUACACACCCUUAUUGAAACUUUGUUGUAAAUGGAAAUGGGUGAGAGUCCUUUUGUAUUUAGUUGGGCACAUGUUUAAGAAAGAUAUUAGCCUUGACUUUAGUGCAUAUAAUCUGUUGGUGCUUGGACUUUGCCGAACUGGAAAAAUAGAACACUCUUGUUUAUUUUUUGAGAAAAUGUUCAUGACGGGGUUCACACCUAAACAAAACACAUACUGUAUUCUAAUCAAGGAACUGGAAAAAAAGAAUAUGGAUAGAGUAAAGUAAAAGAUACAACAAUGCAUGUUGCAGGCUGGGACAAUGAAACUAGGUGGUUUUCAGCAAUUGUAUAAGCAUCAUAAUGCAUGAAGGCCAAGUGGUUGCUGAUGGAAGUCAUCUUUGAGUAAUCUCAUUUGUGGUUUACGA